AUGCGCUUUUACCAGUUGUCCCCGUCUGGAGUCGAUGUACUCUUUAUUGGUAAUACCCGAGUAACGGACUUGCUUCACCUCUUCCCCUCUCUCUGUACCUCUUCUUCUUUUUUUCUUCUUUUAACCUUUCCUCGGGUUUUGUUCUUUAUUCUCUUCUUCACUGCGUCCUUUUAUUUACAAACCAUCUUUUUUUCUUUUCAUAAUGGCCGCAAUUUACAAAAAAAAAAUGGAUAUAGCUUUUUUUUUUCUUUAAUUCCUUCAUUUUUUCUUUUCUAUUUCCACUUUGCUUUCUGUUUCCACUUAUUUUCUUUAAAUUCUUAUCUUCUUUCCUUUUGCUUUCUUAAUUUUUACAUAUUUCUUUUUGCUUUUGUUCCUCUCUCUCUCUUUCUCCUAUUUUCAUGUUUUGUUUUCUUUUAUUCAUUUUUUUUUCACUCAUUGAUACAUUCUUUUUCACUUUCGUUUCAUUAUUUUUUUCUCACUUUCAUUUUUAUUAAAUUUCUUCCUUUUUAUGACGUCAUACCUAUUUUUCUUUCGCAGUUUUCUUUGUUCUUUACUCAUCCGUCCUUUUUUCACUCAUGUUUUAUUUUCUUUCUUACCUUUGCCAUUUCUUUCUUUUUUUCUCCUUUUUUCCUUUGUCCUUUUUUUCUUUUAUGCCUUUGGCCUUUUUUUUCUUUUAUGCCUUUGGCCUUUUUUUCUUUUAUGCCUUCAUUUGAUUUGUCAUUCGCAUUUUUCCUUUACGUCUUUCGCCUUCUUUUUUCCUUUACGUCUUUCUCCUCCUUUUUUCCACGAUUUCUUUCUCUUUUAAAUUUUAUUUCAUUUUUUCUUCACUAUUGUGUUAAUUUCACUUUCUUUUCCUUUUUAAUUCGUCCUUUUCUUUUUUCUUCUUCAUUCUUUCUAUUUUCCAUUGUUUUUGGUUUCUUCUUUUAUUUCCUUUUUUGUUCGUUUUCUACUUCCUCGUUCAUUUCUUUUUUUUUUUUUCUUUCUCUCCUUUUUAAUUCGUCCAUUUUUACUUUUAUUAACAGAUUCCUUUUUCGCUCCUUCGUUUUUCAUUCAAUCUUUUCUUCUUUCGCCCUUUUCUAUCCGUUUUCAUUCACUAGACAUCAUCUUUUUUCUCCUACUUUUUAUAUUUGUUCUAUUUCUCCUUUGUUCAUUUGUUCCUUUUUUUUUUUUUGCUUUCUUGUCCGUUCGUUUUUUUUUUCAUUGUUCGUCUUUUCUUUUUCUCCCUCUUCGUUCAAUCGACCUUUUCCUCCCUCCUUGUUGAAUCCUUCUUUUUCUCCUUCCUCGUUUAAUCCUUUUUUUCUCCUUCUUGUUCAAUCUUUAUUUUUCUCCCUUCCCGUUCAGUCCAUCUUUUUCUCCUCCGUAUUCAAUCCUUCUUUUUCUCCUUCUUGUUCAGUCAGUCCUUCUCCCCCCCUGUGUUCAGUCCUUCUCCCCCCCUGUGUUCAGUCCUUCUCCCCCCCUGUGUUCAGUCCUUCUCCCCCCCCUGUGUUCAGUCCUUCUCCCCCUGUGUUCAGUCCUUCUCCCCCUGUGUUCAGUCCUUCUCCCCCGUGUUCAGUCCUUAUUCCCCCGUGUUCAGUCCUUAUUUUUUUCCCCCCCCUGUGUUCAAUCCAUAUUUUCCCCCUGUUUCAGUCCUUCUUUUCUCCCCCCGUGUUCAAUCCAUCUUUUCCUCCUUCCUCGUUCAGUCCUUCUUUUUCUCCCUCCGUGUUCAGUCCUUCUUUUUCUCCCUCCGUGUUCAGUCCUUCUUUUUCUCCCUCCGUGUUCAGUCCUUCUUUUUCUCCCCCCGUGUUCAGUCCUUCUUUUUCUCCUUCCUCGUACGUUCGUUGUUUUAUGAUUCCUUUUAAAUUUGUUCUUUUCCUUCUCCCUUUUACAAUUGCUUUUAAUUUAUUUUAA